AUGACAGACCAGAAUGUGUUCCCACCCACAAGCUUCAGUGAGGUCCCGAAUGGGGACAUGUACCAGGCAGAAGGAUCGAACAAAGUGCUCACAUGUAAAACAAGCAGUUUGCCUACGCCCGAGUAUGGUUGGCUGAAGAACGACCAGUACAUCACAAACUUUAGUACAACGGGCUACCAGUUUCGGUUCACCAAUACCAAGCGCAAUGACACGGGUUACUACCGUUGCGAAGCCAGGAACACUUUGGGUGCCUUGCUCAGUGCUCCUGCGGUUGUCACUGUCGCUUAUAUGGAUGACUUUGAAAAUUCCUCUCAUAUCUUCAAUAUGAGCAUAUCAUCGGGACAAGCUAUUGUUCUUCCAAUGCCGCCAGUUAAAAGUGUUCCUUUCCCAAAAUCCAUCUCAUGGACAUGGAAUCAAAUCCCGCUCAGUGUAUACGGCCCACGGUACCAGAUCUCUAUAGAUGGUGCACUAGUAUUGCUGGAUCAAACCACAACAGACAGCAACAAAAUUUACCAUGUUACGGCCACGAAUACCCACUCUGAUGGUUUUGAAAAGUUAGGACCCCAAUACCGGGUUACUGUUACAGAGUCUGGGUUAACAGCUGUCCCUGCAAGCAUCGUAGUGGGACCGAAGAAUGUAACAGUGGUGCAGGAUGUGGGAGACAGCAUAAAGCUCGAGUGCAUAUGUAAUGCAAGGCCAUUAUCAAGUCUGAUAGUCCGCUGGUUCAGAAUGGUCAACGGAGUGAAGACAGAAGUCAUUGACAGCAUUGACUUUUUGUUGCCUGUUUCGGAGAAAAAUAGAACGUUGACCAUAAAAAACUACAAACCCAGCCACAGUGGACUUUAUAUUUGCGAGGCCAUGCUGCUUGGGGAUGCUACACCUGUCACUGCGAAUGCUACUCUUGAAGUGCAUGUGAGCCCAUCGUUCGUCAACUCUCCGCUCCUGCAGGAGACCCUCAAAGACUAUGGAGAGAGUAUCACUCUGAGCUGCUCAGGACAGGGUAUCCCUACCCCUACUCGGCACUGGUACUUCAACGCCAAGAAGUUAGACUCUGCCAGCUCAAAUGACAGUGCAUACACAAUCCACAGCAAUGGCUCACUAACCAUUAACAAGAUCCUGCUGGACAACGACGGUGUCUACCAGUGUUUCCUUAGGAAUGCAGCCGGUCAGACUUACAGGGUCGUCCGUCUCAAGGUCAACAGCUCACCACCGGAGCUGCUAGAACCACCUACCAAUGUCACGGUUAUCGAGGGGAACGAGGUGUUACUGAAAUGUCGCACCAGGGGUGCACCAAAGCCUGUCGUAACUUGGACAAAGAAAACCAACCAAGAUGAGCGUCCAGCGGAUGGCCGCAUACUGGACAAUGGUGACCUUCUGAUAGGGUCUGCGCAUCCCAGCCACACAGGCCUCUACUCCUGCAAUGCUUCCAACAGUCAUGGCUUCAUCACAGCCUCUGCUCAGCUCACCGUAUAUGUAAAAACCCAGAUAAUGCUACCACCCCAGGGUGGCAAGUUCAUUCGAGCUUCCACAGUGGAAUUAUUGUGUGGAGUGUCCCACGAUCCUGGUAUAGCAGUCACCUGGCAGUGGGUGUUCAAGGACAAGGUGAACUCAAACAGUGUGGUCAUUGGGUCAGGAGGUCACAUGAUUAUAGGUCAGGACGGAAAGCUGACCAUCAACGGCAUACGUCUGGACAACGUCGGCAAUUACACUUGCAAUGUCGUGUCAGCAGGUGGCAAUGAUUCGAAAACGGUGGUGUUGGAAGUUAUAGAAUUACCUAGCCCACCAAUCAUCGACAGUGUCGUUCUUGACUCGGAAGAUGUGAGGGCAGUCAUUGUGCAGUUUAAACAGGAUUAUGAUGGCAACACACCAAUACGGAAUUUUACCAUACAGUACAAAGAAGUUAAAAUAGACGAGACGACGGAGUACUGGCAGACGUCCAGUCCUCAGAUAUUGGCCAGUGCCAGGGUCACCACAGUUAGGGGGCUGCGUCCUGCGCGCAGAUACCAGUUCAGAAUGUUUGCCAUCAACGACGUGGGCGAGGGUGUACCAAGCUCCGCAGAACCGCGCAUACCCAUAGAGAUGCCGCAACAGCCCCCAAGCGCUCCACCCAAAGGAUUCCUGGGACGGACUACAGGGAACCAGUCUAUCACGCUGUUCUGGCAGGCACCUGACGAGGAGUCCCUCAAUGGCAUACUGCUCGGAUACAUCAUACGCUUCAAGCCGUUUGGAUAUACCUGGGAGUUGUCUUCUCAACUGAGGAACGUGUCGCUGUCUCAGAUUAACCCUGGAAAUCCAAGCUUUGAGUUGACUGGAUUGGAGUACUUCUCGAAAUACGACAUUCAGAUCGCUGCGUAUAACGUCAAAGGGACGGGUGUUUAUUCUGGCUCAAUAACGUAUGAAACUUGGGAAGGCCACCCAACCUCAGCGCCACGGCAACUGCAAGCCACGACCCAGAACUCCACUGCUGUCAGACUCACUUGGCUGCCUCCUGAUCGCCAGAACAUCAAUGGCCGUAACCUAGGUUACAAGAUCCUCUACAACAAGAUGGGGGAUGCGAGUAGCAUUCUAUCAUUGACAGUGCCACAUGAUGCUUUGAAUCCUAUUGGAAAUCAGUCGACUACACUGGCUGGGUUGUUCAAGUACACCGAGUACACGAUACGGGCGCUGUGUUUCACAGGGGGCGGAGACGGUGUGAUUAGUGGAUCUGUCACAGUUAGGACAGACGAGGAUGUUCCCUCCAAGGUUGGCUCCCUUACGGUGACUAACAUCACAGAUACUUCCAUGACAGUUAAUUGGACACCACCUCAAGAAGUCAAUGGAGUGCUAGUCGGUUACACUUUGAUGUACGAGGAAAAGGGAGUCAGCAGUACAAGAAUCAGUGUGAACAGGAGCGCCAUUGAGAAUCAGUACAAGAUUACCAGCCUGCGCCCAACAACAAAGUACACGAUAUAUCUGUAUGCGUCAACGCAGAAAGGGGCUGGCCCCUCCACGACUGCAGACGUUGAGUCAGGGGUGGAACCAGUGUUACCCACAGCACCAUACAACCUCGGGGUGUCUAAUAUUAGAGAAAGGUCCGUGUUGCUACAAUUCUGGCCUGGAUUCGAUGGGAAAACUUCCAUCUCCCUGUGGAUUGUGGAGGCUGCGCAAGGGCAAGAUGCCACUGAUUUCCAAGAAAUUUUCUCAAUACACGAUCCAGACGCGAGAUCCCUGCAGGUGACCAACCUUAAACCCUACACAUACUAUCAACUGCGCAUCAUUGCUGUGAACAUUGUUGGGCGCAGUCAGCCAAGCAAUGCGUCCCGACAGUUUCAGACCAUGCAGGCGGCCCCUAACAUACCCCCAGGAAAUCUCACAGUGAGGACCCUGAACGCCACCGCUCUUAGAAUAAGCUGGACGCCACUGAGUCAAAGUGACUGGAACGGGGAACCAAAAGGCUACAAGAUCUCCUACAGACGUAAGAUGGUCCCGACGUGGACCAACGUCACUCUUGCCAACGGUGUUAACAUGAACAGCUUCAUAUUGGCCUAUCUCCAGGAAUGGAUGGAGUACGAGGUGAAGAUACUGGCUUACAAUGACGUCGGAGACAGCUCUUUCAGUGCCGUGGUGUUGGAGCGGACUCGUGAAUCUGUUCCCUCGGUGGGGCCAGUAAAUGUCAGCGCCACCGCCCUGACAGCGACCAGCAUAGAGGUCACCUGGGGUCAAGUACCAGAACUGGAGCAGAAUGGACUCAUCCAGGGAUAUAUGGUCGAAUACAGGUCUAUAGAGGCCAAUAUUUCGCCCAUGCAGAAGGAAGUGCUCGGUAACACAACUAACAGCACCAUCAUUUCCAGCCUGCGCAAGUUUGUAAAGUAUCAGGUCUGUGUGCUUGCCUUCACACGUAUGGGACCUGGGGUGCUGAGUGAACCAGAAGUGGCUGUGCAGACCUUAGAAGAUGUGCCUGGCCCACCAAGGAUUAUCUGGUUCCCGUUUGUGUCCUUCAAUAAUGCGACCAUAGAAUGGGAGGAACCAGAAGAACCUAAUGGCAUCAUUCUUGCAUACCUGGUCUCGUGGCGAGUGUCCGGAAGUUCAGACCCGCUGAAGAACGUGACAGUGGGUGCUUCAGAGCGCAAGUUGACGGCAGAGAACCUUCAGACACAGGCUUACUAUGAGUUCUAUGUGACCGGUCAGACCGUCAAGGGUUGGGGAGAGAGGGCCAUGGUGGAGGUGUUUACAAUGAGCAACCGCAGCCCUCCUCAGAGCCCCAGCAAGCCGGAUAUCCAGGCCUCGUCCGUUCUUGCCCGCUCAGUCACGAUCAGCUGGACUCCCGGGCACGCCAAUGGCUACGGACCUAUCCGCAAUUUCACGGUACUGUAUCGGAGCAUGCCGAGUGGAAUCUGGACCAGCGUCCCUGGAACAAUCCUGCAUACGAAGACCACCUACAAUGUGAAGGGGCUGAAUCCAAAUACAAAUUACGUGUUCCAAGUUGCAGCCACAAAUGACGUGGGACGCAGUCCAUUCAGUCAGCAGUCAGACGAAGUCAAGACAUUAGAAGAUGCUCCGGAAGGUGCACCCCGUUAUGUGAAGGUUGAUCGUUUGAACACCACGUCUGUCAGAGUCUCAUGGGAGCAACCGUUACCAAGCACCUGGAACGGCCAGCUGCUGGGCUACUACCUGCUGUAUCGCCAGGUGGAGAACACCAACUACCAGGAGGUGCACAUCCCCCUGGCACAGACCAGUAGGGAACUCGUGGGCCUCGAGAAGUUUGUCAACUAUGAGUUCCAGGUCCAAGUCUACAAUGGGAUCAGCCGCGGUCCGUCUAGCACCCCUGUGGUUGUGUAUGUGGGAGAGGCCGCUCCGUCUGCACCACCAGUGAAUGUCAUUGCUAUGGCAACCAACUCGACGGAUAUGAGCAUCACCUGGCAACCCCCGCCCAAGGAGACACAGAAUGGGGAUCUGUCAGGGUAUCAGAUUGCCUAUUGGUUCAAGGACUCGCCCCCAGAGUCUGCCAAGGUCAAGGUUGUGCAGGCUACCAAGCUCAGCCACUCUCUGGAGGGACUCGCCAUCUACACAGACUACGCCAUCACAGUACGUGCACUGAACCUCGCCGGCGAGGGACCUCCCAGCACACCUGUGUAUGCCAAGACCAAGGAAGGAUUACCAGAUCGUCCGGCCCGUCUGGAGUUCUGGAAUGUGACCUUUACGUCUCUGGAUGUACAGUGGUCACCCCCUGCCACACCCAAUGGGAAGAUUCUCAACUAUGAGAUUGCAUACAUAGAAGAAAACCCAUUCAGUGGUAGCAAGCAGGUGAAGUUCAACGUAUCAGGGGACGUGACGUCUCUGUCCAUUACUGAUCUACUCGACAAAGUCCAGUACACGUUCAGCAUCGUAGCUCGCACAAUUGUCGGCCCAGGGCAAAGCUUCGUGAAAAGCAUAAAAAUUGGACCACAAGAAGGGAGCCCAGACAGGCCUAUGUCCUUGACCCACAAUAUUUUGGGCUCUGAGCUGACCCUGGAAUGGGUAGACGGGCUGGCCGGUUACUCUCCCAUCUACGGGCACCUCAUACAGGUCAACUCCACAGAAUCCCGGGAGUGGCAGACAGUGUCCCAGGUGGGUUCUGAGCCUAAGGCCAAGUUGAACCUGCUGCAGUUCACGCCAGACCGAGAAUACCAGGUCAGAGUAGUGGCCCUUAAUUCCAAGGGCAUGAGUCCCCCGAGUGAGGCGGCCGUGACCUUCAGGACCCCUGCACCACAAAAACCAGGUAGGGAGGUGAAUUUUUUUGGUUUCAAUGAAUGA